GCGACGAGAGCAGCACCGAACUCGUGGAAUAAAUCACGGCACCGUCCCACCCCACGAAACCCUAAUUGUUCACACCUAAACCCUUUCCUUCACUGUUUUCUUUUUCCCCUUUUCUUUUUGUUUGUUUUUCUUCACUUCCAAGGCUCCACCUUCUCCAAAUCAAAACAGAGGCUUUUUUGUUUUGUUUUCUUAUUCUGCUGUUUAUUUAUUCUCCUUGUCGAGGAAAAGACCCACCCCAUCACCCAUGUAACAACAACAACAAUCCAUCAUCAUCUCCUGGGAACCUGCGAUUCGAGGUUUCCGAGGUUAAUCGGGUACUCCGAGAAAAAGAAGAACAAGGGUCUUUUUAUUUAUUUAUUUUUCAUUUUAAAAAUUGAAUUUUUGGGAGGUUGGGUAUGGAAGCAGCACGAGUGGGUGUGGCGGUUGAAGGUGGGCAUGGAAACAAAUCAAACAAUGUGAAAAUGUUGCAGCAGCCGAAGAAUCAGCAAGCGCAAAUGGGAACCGUGUCUCAGCUUCUAGCGGGUGGAUUAGCCGGUGCUUUCGCCAAGACCUGCACUGCUCCACUUGCACGCCUCACAAUCCUUUUUCAGCUGCAUGGUAUGCAUUUUGAUGUGGCGGCAUUGAGCAAGCCUAGCAUUUGGGGUGAGGCUUCACGUAUUGUCAAUGAAGAAGGAUUUAGAGCAUUUUGGAAAGGCAAUUUGGUGACCAUAGCCCAUCGUCUUCCUUAUUCUUCAGUGAGCUUCUAUGCUUAUGAACGCUACAAGAAUCUAUUGCAUAUGCUUCUGAGGGAGAAGCAUAGAGGAAAUACAAGUGCAGAUCACUUUGUGCACUUUGUAGGUGGUGGUUUGUCUGGCAUAACGGCUGCUACGGCUACAUAUCCCUUGGAUUUAGUGAGAACACGACUUGCAGCACAGAGAAGUUCCAUGUACUACAGGGGCAUCUCACAUGCUUUUACUACCAUUUGCAGAGACGAAGGGUUCUUGGGUCUCUACAAAGGACUUGGAGCUACAUUGUUGGGUGUUGGGCCCAAUAUAGCUAUAAGCUUUUCAGUUUAUGAGAGCCUACGUUCUUGUUGGCAAUCCCGAAGGCCGGAUGAUUCUACUGUCAUGAUCAGUCUUGCUUGUGGCAGUCUUUCAGGAGUUGCAUCAUCAACAGCAACAUUCCCUUUGGAUCUUGUAAGGCGCAGGAAGCAGUUGGAGGGUGCUGGUGGUCGAGCACGUGUCUACAAUACCAGUUUGUUUGGGACAUUCAAGCACAUAAUUCAGAAUGAAGGGGUACGAGGCUUGUAUAGAGGUAUUUUGCCUGAGUACUACAAGGUUGUUCCAAGCCUGGGCAUUGUCUUUAUGACAUAUGAGACAUUGAAGAUGCUUCUAUCAAGCAUUCCAAGAGAUUAGCAUAAACUAUUUUUCAUCAUACAUGAUGCUCAUCACUUCUUAAUCUUUGGUAGGAAAUUUUGUCGUCGAUUUUAUUGUCGUAGUAUGGGCACAUUUUUGUCCGUGUAUAUGUAGUUAUAAUUUAGCGAGUGACGUCAAUUAUACCCAUUCGAAUUUUAGGUUAAAGUUAUGGAUGAUUAGAGAAAUAAUUUUGUUAUAGAAUUUUCCACGUUUAAGAAAUUAUGCGGCUCAUCUCCUUUAAUUGAGUUAGACUUCUUUAGUUAUCGAUGUUAGUAUUUGAUUUAUCUUGGUC